CUGAUAAGAUCUCAGUGACUAACUAUAAAGAAACAAGUUCCUCGAGCAAGGUUCAGGUUAAGGAUAGUGCAGUCACCUAUCUCCAGUUUACCAGUGUUUGUAGCAUGAGAGUUUUACUCCAAUUUUCAAGGAAUUACCAUGAAUCCAAUGUCACUGUGGGAAAGAAUGGUAUGUUAUGCGGAAAUGAAAGUUGGAUAUCUUCUGUGAUGGAAGAAUGUGUGCAGAAUCUUUGGGAACUCUGGAGUGCAGUUCUUGGACUUGCCUCGAUUUGCUGUUUUCUUUUUGCUUCUUUACCGCAAAUGUAUGUGGCUUACAAGAAUGAGAAGGUGGAUCACGCGCUGUCAGUGGGAUUUCUGCUUUGUUGGGUCUGUGGUGACAUUACCAAUUUUAUUGGCUGCUAUUUGACCAAUCAGCUGCUUAUCCAGAUUGUUACAGCUAAUUUUUAUGUUACCCUUGACAAUAUGAUGAUCUCACAAUUUGUCUAUUAUAAGCUGAAGAAUAGGAAAGGCAGAAGCAAGCAAUAUUUUAUUCGGUCGAUUUCCCUGUUGAAGUGGUUCUGUGUUUGCUGGGUUCUGUUAUGUACAAUUGCAAUGAUGACUAUAUUACAUUUAUUGAGAAUAUCUCACCAUAAUUGGAGUCAUCCAGGACAAAGGGGUACUUUUGACAUUGUUGAAUUCAUGGGUUACAUCAGUGGCUAUGUGUCCUGCAUAUUUUAUCUUGGCUCUCGUUUUCCACAGCUGUACAAAAAUUUCCAAAGGAAAUCCACAGAAGGUACAUCCUAUUUGCUGUUUGCACUGGCAAUGUUGGGUAAUACAACUUACGGACUGAGUGUGGCAGUGAAAGUACCCGAAAACAAAGUAUCAGCCAAAAAAUACAUCCUCCAUCAUCUGGCCUGGCUAUUAGGUAGCUUUGGAGUACUGUUGGUGGAUUUUUUUAUUACUGCACAGUUUAUUAGAUAUCGUAAACGAAGCAACUUCUCUCUCCAUUCAAUUCCAGAGGUGGCACCACUCCUUGAUGAAGAUGAAGAACAGCUGAACAACCUUUUCCAAUUGCGCCAGUUUAAAUAAAAUAAUUUCUGAAUGAUUAUUUGUGAAAUUGU